AUGGCAACCAUCGCCAAACACAUAGCAGCAUCAAUCCGACCAAAACCAAGUGUACUCCUGAUCGGCAAACUCUAUCAUUGCACGGCACAUCAGUUCACAGGCAAUCGACAGCGAUUCUUACAGAACUGUCAAUCUGUAACAUGGGAUGGGACUGGGCCAUUCGACAAGGAGCUUAUUCACGCCCUGCCGCCAACAUCGAGGUUUAUCUGUCUUAAUGGCGCGGGAUACGACGGGAUGGAUAUAAAAGCUUGCAAUGAACGGGGUAUACAGAUUUCUAAUACCUCGAAUGUUGUUGGGGAUGCCACGGCCGAUGUGGCCAUGUUCUUGAUGUUGGGCGUGUUGCGCCAGGCUAUGAUACCUUUAGUAUGUAUUAGGAAAGGACAAUGGAAAGGCGAUACACCUCUAGGCCGUGACCCCGGGGGCAAGGUGCUUGGGGUGCUGGGGAUGGGUGCUAUUGGACAGGCUAUUGCGCAUCGGGCUCGUACAUUCGGCUUGAAAAUAAUCUAUCAUAAUCGUUCCAAGCUCCCUAGAGAUAAGGAAGAUAGGGAUAUUUGCUUCUUCUCACCGUUCGAUGAACUUCUGCGAUAUUCAGAUAUCAUCAGCCUUAAUUUACCGGCCACAGAGAAAACUCGACAUAUCAUCUUAAAAGCCGAGUUCAAGAGAAUGAAAGAUGACGUGGUUAUUAUCAAUACAGCAAGAGGCUCGUUACUUGAUGAAGUAACGUCUGCUGGAUUGAAUGUUUUUGAAAACGAGCCAAUUAUCCACCCGGGUCUAUUACAUAACAGCAGAGUUAUGAUUCUACCUCAUAUUGGAACGACGACACACGAGACUAAGCGUGAGAUGGAGUUAUUGACUUUGCGGAACAUAGAGAUUGCCCUGAGCAAUGGCAAGCUACUCACACCGAUUCCAGAACAACAGCGAGGUCAUUUCUGA